GCUGAAAUGUUUGUUGGACGAGAAUGGACGGCAACUCUGAUGGAUAUUUGGUGAUUUGCAGCUAUGCGAUUGCGAUACUGGAUCUCAUCUCAGCGGUACUCUUUGCCAGUGUCUCCGGCGUGCUCUACGCUCAGCACAAUCACUGGACAUCACUGGCAGCUUUGAUCUUCUCUAUGCUUUGGAUGGUCAUUAUUUUGAUGCUCCUUUUAGGAAUUUACCAGCGCAGCUUGAGCUAUAUACGAUAUUGGUUGGUCUUCACCUGUCUGGGCAUUAUGCUAGAUGCGAUUCUACUGCUCUAUGGCUUGACUCUGUCCAUAUCCAUCAACUGGGAAGGUGUUAAGAUUACAGUGCUGCCUUUUGUGGGUUUGGCUGUGGAAAUGACAUUUGUGUAUAUUAUCUAUAUAUUCUAUCUGGACAUGAUAUAUCGAGAGCCAUGGAUACCUGUAUCCAGAUAUGCUGGAGGUUGCAGUCAGAGGGACAUUAAAACUGCUUCCAGUAGCAAUGAUACCAAACAAAAGGAACGCAAGCGUCUGAAGAAGAUGUAUAAGCGAGAGGAGAAAGCUGCUCUCAGGGAUCUGGCACGGAAACUUCGCAGGGGACAAGUCUAAUAAGUGCCAAGACUUUUGCUUACUCCAAACUCGAAGAAAGCAUAGAAUUCUUGCCAAUGUGUCGUCAUGCUGCUGGGGGAAAACUCUCUUCUAUAUUG